AUGGCCGCCGCGAACCAACCUGAGAGGAGGAACGGGAGCAGCAAGCCAAAGGAGGAAGAGGAGGAGGAGGAGGAGGCGAGCUCGAUGCAAGGUCGCUUCACGCUAGAAGAAGGCAGCUUGGUGCCCUCCAUACCGUUGGUGCUGCAGCAAAACUUCUGGUUCGACCCCGAGCUUCUCAAGAGCGUCCAGCUGGUGCGAGCGCGGUUCGUGCCGCGCCCCGACGACACCAUCCUCGCCACCUUCCCCAAGUGCGGCACCACCUGGCUCAAGGCGCUCGCCUUUGCGAUCACCAGCCGCUCCCGCCACACGUUUGCUCGCCAUCCCCUCCUCACCCGCCACCCUCCGGACGUCGUGCCUUUCCUCGAGCUGCCCAACUGGCAGAUCCGGCCCGCCGCUGAACUUGAAGCCAUCCCCUCGCCGAGGCUCCUCGCCACCCACAUGCCUCUGUCGCUGCUGCCCGAAUCGGUGACCACCGUCGGUUGCCGACUCGUCUACGUGUGUCGUGAACCCAAGGAUGCGUUCGUGUCCAAGUGGCAUUUCGAGAACAAGGUCAGCAAGCAGCUCUUCGUCGAGCUGGGCCAGUCUUUCCACUUGUUCUGCGAGGGGGUCUCCUUUGCUGGACCGAUCUGGGAUCACUAUCUCGAGUAUUGGAAUGAGAGCAAGGCGAGACCAGGCAAGGUUCUCUUCUUGAAGUACGAGGAGAUGACGGCAAAUCCUGUGAAAGAAGUGAAGAGGCUUGCUGACUUCCUUGGCCACCCGUUUACCGACGAAGAGGAAGGGAGCGGCGUCGUCGACCAAGUGGUGAGGCUGUGCAGCUUUGAGAAUUUGACGAGCCUGGAGGUCAACUCCACUGGAGUUGCCGAUCGGAUCGGUGGGUUUCCAAUGGAGAACUCGACGUAUUUCAGGCGUGGAAAUGUGGGAGACUGGGUGAACUACCUAAGCCGUGAGAUGGCACAGCAGCUGGAUGGCAUUGUCGAGGAGAAGCUCAAAGGCUCAGGCCUCACCUUAUAA